CUCUCCAGUUCGGUUAUAUAUCCACAACAGAUCUCUGAGCUUGCACCAGGUUCGUGGUUCAGCCGCGAAUGCCUGGUCCGCAUUUACCCGCCUCCGUUACCAUCCCUCCCGGGAUACGUGACCGGGAGCGACUUCAACAUGAAAAUGCAGAUCGCUAGCAGCUUUCGGUGUUCUGGUAGCAUCGCCGUACCUUUGAUGUUGCUGGACUGAUUGCUGGGCCCUGGCUGGAGCUAUUAGCAUCUCAUCGGGAACUAUAUCCGGCUCCGUUGGGUGUGGUAGCAUCUCUGCCAUAAGAGAGAUGGGCUCGAGGUGACCUGCGAGCGUAUUAGUAUUUAAUCGCCUCCUGCUGCCGCCCAGCGUUGAGGUGUAGCCCAGCCUCAAGACUCCAAACACCAUCCCAAGCCCUCACGGUUCCUGUCCCGCUUGCGCAGUUAUCUCACCAUGCUGUUGAAGUCUCUUGCUACCUUCGCCGCCUUGGCGGCAUCAGGCCUCUGCGCUUCGCUACAGCAGGUCAGCAACUUCGGCACCAACCCUACCAGGAUUCAGAUGUACAUCUAUGUGCCCGACAGGCUGGCCACCAAGCCAGCUAUCAUAGUAGCGCUCCACCCUUGCGGAGGUACCGGGCAGCAAUGGUUCAGCGGUACACGACUGCCGUCCUACGCCGAUUCCAACGGGUUUAUCCUCAUCUACCCCAGCACGCCCAACAUGAGCAACUGUUGGGAUGUGCAUAGCCCGGCUAGCCUGACCCAUGGCGCGGGCGGGGACGCACUCGGCAUCGUAAAUAUGGUCAACUAUACCAUUGAGCGGUACGGCGCCGACCGCGCUCGCGUCUACGUCAUGGGGUUUUCGUCCGGCGGAAUGAUGACCAACGUCCUCGCGGGUUCGUAUCCCGACGUGUUCGAGGCGGGGGCAGCCUACUCUGGAACCCCUCAUGCUUGUUUCGCCGGUGCCCAGGGAGCCACACCGUUCGCUCCCAACCAGACCUGUGCCCAGGGGCUGCAGCAUACGCCGCAGGAGUGGGGUAACUUCGUUCGCAACUCGUACCCAGGAUAUACCGGACGUCGACCGCGGAUGCAGAUAUCGCAUGGCUUGGCCGAUACCUUGGUACGGCCGCAGUGCGCCGUCGAGGCGUUGAAGCAGUGGUCCAAUGUCCUUGGCGUUGAGUUCACUCGGAACGUAACCGGAGUACCAUCGGCCCAGUUCACGCAGCAGAUCUACGGAGAUGGGACGAAGCUGCAGGGAUUCUUUGGGCAAGGCGUGGGCCAUGCACCCACCGUGAACGAGCAACAAAUGUUGAGGUUCUUUGGUCUGAUCAACUGAUUCGUUGCCCACGAGUCUCCCAUGGACUGACCGAUUCGAGUUCGAGGCGGCGGUGGGAAGGGUGUGGCAGGGGGGUUCGCCGUCAACGGCCCGGG